GAUAUUAGUUGUGAUUAUAUUGGCAGUAUACGAUUGGUAAUAAGUAGUGCCACUGGUGUUACCUGAAAUGAUAAUAAUGAAACCAAUAAUGAAAUCACCUAGGUAGAGUAAACCAGUUAUUAAAUUCUCAUCUGUCUUUUAAACACCUGUUUGAACUCCGAAGUGCUAUUUGCCCCCAAAGGGUGCCACGAUUGGUAGAACUUCGUACAGGCUAGCCAAUGAAAUUCAAGCACAACUACAUGCGACCCUAAUGAUUUGGUGGAUGGCCUUAUUGUCUGACGCAUAAGGGUUUAUGGUGUGAGCUGGGCGAAUGACAGAAGGAGGGGUUUGUUAAGCUAAAGGAACGAUUGGGAGAGGGGGCUAUGUUAAGCUAAAAGGACGACCAGGGCAGGCCAGGUUCAAGAGCUCAAGCAUUUUGUGUGUAUGGGUUAGGUGUGACGGUUGUGGUAUACUAGCAUUGACGAAUCCUGUCGUGGGAUGUUUCGACAAUUCCCUGUCAUGGGAUGUUUUCGGAUUUUAAACGUGUGUUCUUUGGUUGCCCAGGUGGUCGCUGUCGUGUGUGAAACCUGUCCUGCUGCUCAAGGGUUUUUGCAAGGUAAGUGUCUUGCUCACCCAGUUUGGGUUAGUUGCUGGUACGACGUCCGAUAUGCAUUUAUCCAAGUCGAUAAUGAACUCAAAUAUUUGGUGGACGGGGUGGCCGUACAUAUGAAUGAGAAAUUCGUGGCUGUGGACAUGCUACCUGCUCUGGCUGAACAUUGCAGUCAAAGGUUGGAUUCUCUGCCCAGUUUCAGUUUGCCGAGCAGUCCUUGUCCAAAAUUGAAAGGAUCCUUAUCGCGGUCAGCAGCGCUGGACUUGAGAGAUUGUGAUCAUAAUCAAGGGGGACAGCUCGAGCCUGUCUCUUGUUUGGGGCUACUUGCCAAGUAUGCAGAUGAUGACGAUGAUGGCGAGGCUAAUUUGUCGUCACAAUCUGUCCCAUACAGACGAGAGUGCCCUCUCAGAGUCUGCGUAAAAGAUGAGCCUCGAGGAACAACAGACUGUGUAGCUCUCGUUAUGAAAGAGAUCUUGCAGAGUCCGUGUGUACCCGAUGAACUGAAGAAAGACUUAGUAUUUGCUGGGGACCCAAAGAAGAAACCUCUUAAUCCAGAGAAACUCAGGUUUCAUUAUACAGUUAUUGAUGAGACUUUUUCUGUGUAUGAUACCCACCCUUCAGUGUUAGACGACGUUCACCGGAACUUCGAUUUCCAGGAGCAACUCCUCUGCCCUCCACCACCAGUUGGCAUUGAGUGCUCUGCUACUGCCGCUGCUGGUGUUAGGGUCUUGGGUAAGCCUCACCAGGCGCUUGAUGGUCAGGAGAAGGAUGAGGAGGAAGGGAAUCAUCAUUUUUGUUGGGACAUUGGCAGUGAUGGUGUGCCCCGACCCCAAGUGGACUGCCCUGGUCAACUGCCGUGGUUAGCAUCCAAGAUAAUAAAAAGCGGAGAAACCGAAAUAAGAUAUGGGGAUAUCGAUGAAAAAGGGGUCCCUUCAAAAAAUUAUAUCGUUUUUGAUCCUCCACAUUUAGAUUUUAAAGAGCAUCCAACAGGGAUGCCUUUAAUGAGAAAAGUAGUGGUGCAAAACAGCAGUCCAGAAAAUAGUGUUCAACUUCAUUCGUUGUCGGGGAACACGCUUCAUUUCCACUGCACAUUUUUUCAAGAUAAGGUGGUGUUACCAGGGGGGAACACUUCAUUCGACGUAGUGUUCUUGGGAAGGGAGGAAGGCCUCAUAGAAAACACCAUCUUCAUACAUACAUCUAUAGGCACCUAUAAGUAUGGGGUGCGAGCAGUGGGAACUGGAAACCCCUACAGGUUGAGGCCUCUUGUAGGGGUGCGUAUGCCACUAAAUUCUUCAUAUUCUCCUUUAAUUCAGCUUCAUAAUCCCCAUCCUCGUUCUCUGCAGGUGACAGAAAUGUACAGUACAGGGGGAGAUCUACAUCUUGAGCUCCUCUCUGGCACACAGGAAGGACAAAAAAAUGUAUGGAACAUUCCACCCUACCACACAAGGCCUCUUAUGAGAGCAAAUUUUGUGGCCCGAAGGGAAAAUAACCACACAGCAUAUGUUAGAAUUGUAACAAGUGAGGCAGACAGUGAUUAUCUGGUGGUACCAGUGGAAGUGGAGGUCUCUGGUCAGCCGGGGCUAUUUUGUCCACAAGAUGGCCUCCACUUUGGCUUGCGUACACCGAACGACCCUCCAACAACUUUACCGUUACACUUACUGAAUUCUGCUCACAAGCACAUACACAUUCAGAAUGUGAUAACUACACCUGUGAAUGAUGCAAUAACCAUUGAUUUUAAGCCUGUGAAAAUACCACCUGGAACUGUUCGACCAACUGAAGUUGCUACUGUCACAUUUGAUCCAUCAAAAGCCAGUAGUGUAAAGAAAGUCUCUGGGAAGAUACUGAUAAAAAGCAAAGUGUCAGCAUACAAACUGAGUGUCCCCUUCACAGUGGAUUUGCUUCAAGGCGCCCUGCUUUACAACACCUCAAUUACCAGGUUUUACACUGGUGCAGACAAAGGAGCACAUGAGCCCCAGUCCAGUGUUUCUUACGGAACAGUGGCAGGCGUUAUGCCUUCUUCAGUUACUGGCAUUGUGGAGGGUGGUAGUGUUGUCACAAGCAACCCAAGCAGUGAACCAAGAAAUCUAACUCUUACCAACACAUUUCCAUGUCCUGUUGUCAUAUACAACUUGACAUUGCCUGAGGAUGCUAAAAAACACUUUGAGAUUGGUUGGGAUGGACCUGUUGUUGUGGAUGAGGGUCAGAGUGCUCACGUCGCAACGUUACGGUUGUUAAGUGUUGGAUCAGAUGCUCGAAUGUCAACUUCUAUUACUGUGCAUACCAACAUUACCACCAUAAAGAUUCCUUUGUGUGCAUACAAUGGAAAGCUAACCAAGUACAUUCCUCCAGUUGGUGGCGACUCUUGGCUUGAUUUUGGAACGCUUGGAAUGGGAGAGCAACGUGACCUCUACUUUUAUGUUAUAAAUGAAAAUCCAGUUGAAUUGCGGCUCAGAGGAUGGGGCUCAAACUUGACAAGAAGUGCAGUGGAACUUAUGGGUGUUGAAGAAGGCAACAUUACAACAAUUAGGACCCGUAAUAAUAUGACAUAUUCUUCAAAAAGUACUAUAUGGGGGCAAGGAGUGUCUGGAUAUGCCGAUAAUCUGGAAAAUGAAGGGGAAGAGCCUAAGCUAUUUCUUAAACCCCAUCACUAUGCAGCAUUCAGAAUUGGAGUUCUAACACCAGACACAGAGGGAAUAUUUAUUGCAGAGUCGUUUGUACAGACUCAGUUUGAGCAGAUCAAGAUACCCUUCAGACUUCGUACAGCAGAUGGCUCCCUUAGCAUAGUACCAAACACAUUAAUGUUUGAUAAUGCAUUUCCAGGAAAAAUUUCUCAACAAAAUUUGCAUAUAUUAUCAAGCUUUGGUCAUCCAAUGACUGUAAAAGAAGUAAAACCUUUGCCUUCAGACAAAAGAUUCUCUUACGAACCUAGUCAAAAUGCUUCGCCAACAUUGCAACCUGGGCACAAAUCAUUUAUUGGUCGAUUAGUGUUUGACCCUAAAGUGGAGUGUGGAAGUGAAUGUUAUACUGGAUUUCCUCUCAGUGGCAAAGUUGGGCAACAGUGGGUGAACACACUGUCUCUAACAUCACACGUGGCUGAUACUGAUACCAGCUUGUAUUCUACUUUACGAAGUAAAUAUCUGAACCUCUCUGCAACCAUAUUCAAUACUUCCAUAGUACUUCAUACCUCUGAGGUCCACGGCUUUCACUUUACAGCUCAGGCUUCAUUGAAAUGGCCAAGUUUGACCUCUCCGUCACACCUGAUCUUCCCCUUAACACAAGUGGUAAACACCAGCAUACGUGAGGUGUUUGUUGAGAACCCAAGCAGUUUGCCAGUGGUAGCACAAAUUCUUUUGCUUCACCACUAUCCAGCAACACAACAGCUUCGCUCUAUCAUACAAGACCAGUUACCCAAAGGGCAUGCAGUAUUGAGUGAGGAGAGCAGUAGUAGUCAGAGUGAUGUGUUCACCCUCAUAGAUGCUGAUAGUGUUAGUACUGCAGCAAGAGGGGGCAGGAUGCCACCACCUGCUCCUGAAAUAACUAGUGGUGUGGCACAGCAUCGUCGGACUCUGGAAGAGCAGUUCAAAACGCGUGUAUCCAAGGACAGCAUUGCUUUAAUAUUGGAACCAGGAGUCAAGGUUAAAGUUAGACUUUCCUUCACUCCCCCGGAUGAUAAAAUGCAUUCUUCUGUGUUACUGGUUCGAAAUAAUCUAACUGUGAUAGAUGCCAUGCUAGUACAAGGUCGUGGAGGAAGAGGCUUUUUGAAGUUUGGCAGUCGUAAACCCGGCUCAUCACACCCUCUGAACUUUAACAUUGGGCCCAAACACUUAAAAGACUGUGAUAAUUCAAGAAGCUCAAAGUACUAUCAGCCUAACUUCACAGUGAAGCGAUCAUUCACUGCUCGCAACACUGGGGAGCUGCCCGUCCAGGUGUGGGGCUUUAAUAUAAAUGACUUGCCUUGUGAAGGCUAUGGUUUUAAAGUCCUGAAUUGCGAAGGAUUUGAAUUGGCCCCUAAUGCUAGUCACAAAGUGGAUAUAGCAUUUACCCCUGACUUUACACUUUCAAAGGUACAACAGAGGCUAGUCAUUCACACAAAUUUGGGGUUGGUGGAUAGCUCAGAAGAGGUACAACCUUGGAGAAGAGAUGAUGAACCUGGAAGAGUAGAGUAUUCUUUGGUAGCAACCGUUCCUACUGAUCUCUUAGCUAAAUGUGGCUCUGCUGUUCCAAGACCUUCAUGGGAACCACUGCUUUACUAUGCAGUUUUGCCAUUGAUGGUAGCUAUGCUCAUAGGUGCUAUCAUUUUAUCUGCUCUGGAAGCAGACCAUAUCCUCAAGAGCACACUGAUAGCAAUGACUACAUCAAUACCAUCAAAUGGACAUGCCCCCAGUUUUGACAAAUCAAAGGUAUUUGAUUUAAGGACCAUAGGUCAUACAGAUUCAAAGGGCAUAACAACAUUAAAAAAUGGAUAUGCAAAUGGCCAUGCCCAAAUAGAGAAAGUUAAUAUGUCAGUUGGAAGUUCGAACAAUAGUAAGAAAGUCUCGUCGAUAUUGCCUGUAAGUGAAAUGAUGGCUAAUGGCCGAAAGUCUUGCCCAGGGCCUACUCCCUCUAAAAAAGUAAGCAACAAUCAGUUGGCAAAUUCAAGUACAAAACCGAAGUAUCCGAAACAAUCAGAAUUUAAGUCCAGUUCGAAUUCAGGAGACACUCUUAAUAUAUCUGAUAACUUUACUGUUCAUAAUCAAAUAAAAAAUAAAAGCAAAGGAAACUCAACAAAAGUCAAUUCAAAGAGCUCAGAGUCUAUGUCGUGGACAAGCUUUUUUUCAAGAGCAGUGGGUAAAAAGGAAAGUGGGUCUGAACCCUGUGAAUUAUCAAAUACUAAAAGAAUGAGUACCUCUGAUAAGGAAGAUUCCUCUAUUCAGAGGCAAUCAGUUGGCACUGAAACUGAUUUACAUUAUGUUGAAACCAAAAUAAGACGGCGUAUGAAGCAAAAUAAUGAAGAAGAAACCUCAUCUACGACAACAGAAAGUUCCAAUACUGAUGACUUGUCUAUCAGUGAACGGGAUACACCUUCAAGUAAAUCUUCUGAUGUCACAUCUGUAAGUCAGGGCGGGAAAUCGAAAAAACAAAAAUCUAAGUCCAAAAAUUCCAAUAAAAAUAGUAAUAUUCAAAAUACGCAGAUUUCGCACAAUAAUAAUGAUGAUGCAGGAUUUGAAAUUAGUACAAAGGUAAAGGGACUGAAAAGGUGCAAGGAGAUGCAAAGUGGACGGACAUUUGGUGGGGAUAUAUUCCAACCUAAUACUUUAGAGUUGCCAUAUACUCUGAAGCCAGUCCGUCAUAAAGAAUCUGAUCGAGAAAAGGAGAACCACAAAACUUCUAGAACUAAUGCACUGAAAAGUACAGAAUCAAGUGAAAGUGUUGGCAGUGGACGAUCUUCUCCCACUCCAUGGGAGGAAGGUCGUCAGCCAUCUCUUGAUAAUUUGUCUGAUGUAUCAACUCCUAGCUUCACAUCAUCACAUCCCAAACCUCAGAGUCAGCCACAACCUCUAGCUCCUCGUGAAUCUUCGUAUUCUGCUAUUGUCCUGGGAACAGAUAAACAAAAGGCAAAAGUAACUCCAUUUGCUAAAGUUCCACCAGAAGUGAAAAGAGUAGAAAAACCUUUAGGAGUUAUUGGACAGAAAGUUAAUGGCAAUGGUAACAACAACACCAACAGCAUGAACAGCAACUGUAUGCAUGGAAUUUCAAGCCCUGUGACAUGUUCUUCAACAACUUCAAUUACCAAUUCUUCUCUGUUUACCAUUCCUGAUAAUAAUUUCUCACAUCGGAUGAAAGAUAACUAUUCACGAAGUCUUUAUAGUGGGUAUGGUGAAAGUGGUUCCCUUCCAGCAUCGCCAGCUAGUAAUAGCAAUCAUUCAUGGGAUCCAAAAAUGCUGACGGCUCCUACCCCUCUGAGACCACCACCAGGUUUGGCACAGUCACAUGAUCCAACACAACAAGGCUCAAUAACAGAAGAAGAUUGGUCACAUUACAACAAUCCUCAAGUAGGCGGUUCAUUGUGGCCAGAGGGUAGUGGUUACAGUAACGAAACAAUGAACAUGGGCUCGGGUAGUGCACCAACACCCAGCCUUUGGGACUCGCUACCUAGUAUUUGGUCUCCUCUCUUCUGGUCGUCAAAUGAAGGCUCGCCCACCCAGCAUUCCCAGUCAUCAUCACCUUGGGCCACUCUACAGCAGCAACCAUCGUCUGGAAUUGAUGCUAGUGGGGCAAUCUCCAAAGGAUUAGGAUUUGAUCCUUUUAGUUCUGUUAGCAUAUGGUCUAAUCCAUCAAACCACCCUGGUGACAUGUGGGCACCUUCAACCAAAAAAAAAGAUAUUUAAUUUUUUUGAUGUGCAACAGUGGAGCAUCCAUAUACCAUCUUUGGUGCAUGGCACAUCAGGAAAUGCCCAGAGUUAUUUAUUUGAAGUAAAGAAAGAAUUUAUUGCACUUACCAUCAUCAUGGUAUUUAGUGUAUAUUUUAGUUUUUGUUAAAAAGAAAGGAAAUUAUUUUUUUAGUGAAGUGUAUGCUACAUUUGGUUUUUUAUUUUUGUUUUUAUUUAGCUCUAAAUAUUUUUGUAAAGACAAGGCUAGAUAGGAUUUUUUCAGUAUGAAAAGCUGCAAUUUUUUUUAGUCGUUUUAAAAUGUUUUGAUUAAUCAGAACAAAAUGCAGUUAUUUUGACAUAAAAACCAUGUUUAGAAGACAUUUUAUUUCAAUUAUUACUUUGUGCCAUAUAUAGAUACUAUUUUGCCAAAUGCAGUCACUGAUGGUUAUGUGCACACCAUUGCUAUAAUGAAUCACGAAAUCAUUUAUUGUAGAACUAAAAAUUUAAAAGUUUCUUAAUAAUUAUUCAUGUGCUUAUACUAUUAAGCAAUAGUCUUUAAAAAAGGCUAUAAUUGAAGUGAAGAAAAACAGUAAUUUCACAGGUCUGUGUUCUUCAGCCCAUCCUGGUAGUCAGUAUUUCUGCGGUGGCAAAGGUGCAGUCAACUGAGGGUACUCGAUCUUUUUCAUGAACAAACUGUGGGAGACCUUUGAAAGCAUUAUGUAGUAAUAAAGCACUGUUUAAAUUUUUUACAAUAUUACACCUAUGUUAAAAUGAUGACAUGCUCUUGUUAAAAUGGAAUACACCAGGCACUUGUUACUGAUAUUUUAAACUUGGAAAUUGUAGGAGGCUUUAUCAUCAAGUGGUGGAAUAUGUUUAGUGUGCCUUCUUUUGACUGUACUUGAGGCCAAGUUCUCCAACCAGUAUUGUGUGUUCUCCCACUCUCAGUAUUUGAUCACUCGCAGAUAAGGAAACUUCUACUCUAGAGUCCUGCUUGUCUUGAACUCUCUUGAGACUGAGCAGGUUGUCAGACAUACCAAGAGUGUUUUUCGAUGGACAAAUAAAAUGAAAUGAGUA